CGCAGCCAAUCGGGGAGCAGACGGGACGGCCUCGGCCAAUGGCCGCCGCGCAUGCUAAUGAGGGCCGGCGCGGCGAGGAGGGCCCGGUUCAAAAGUGGUGCUAUUGUCGCCGCGGGCUGAGCGCGCCGGGCCGGCCCCGCCGUGGGGCCGCGCGGGGACGCACGCGGGUGGACGCGGGGCUCGAACCCAUGGCCGGGGCCGCCACGGCCGAGCAGGGCCGCGUGCGUCCCUGCGCGCCCGGGCCCGCGCCCAGCACCGAGGGGCUCCCGCGCGCCUUCCUGCAGAGCCUGCGCACCCUGUUCGACAUCCUGGACGACCGGCGGCGCGGCUGCGUGCACCUGCGCGAGAUCGAGUCCCGCUGGCAGGGCGCCGACGCGCGCGAGCUGCCCCGCGGCGUGCUCGAGGGCCUGCGCCGGGUGGCCCCGGCCAGCGGCUACCUGACCUUCGAGCGCUUCGUGGCCGGCCUGCGCUCCUCGCUGCUGAGCGCCGACGGCGGCCCCCGGGACUCCACGCGCGCCCCGGUCCGGCCCGGGGACCAGCCGCCGCCGCCGCGGCCGCCGCAGCGCCUGGUGUUCGCGCCGGCGGACGAGCCGCGGACCGUCCUGGAGAGGAAGCCCCUGCCCCCGAGCGCGCGCGCCCCUCCCGCCGGCCCCAGCGGCGCGGCCCGCAGCCCCGAGCAGCUGUGCGCCCCGGCCGAGGCGGCGGCCUGCCCCGCGGAGCCCGAGGGGCCCCAGAGCGCGGCGCUGGAACGGAGCCCGAGCGCGGACGCAGGUGCAGCGGCCUGCAGGGCCCUGGAGGCGGACUCAGGGGAUGCCCGGCGGGCCCUCCGUGCCCGAGGGGAACGUCGGAGGCACACCAUCGCCAGCGGUGUGGACUGCGGCCUGCUGAAGCAGAUGAAGGAGCUGGAGCAGGAGAAGGAGGUGCUGCUGCAGGGUCUGGAGAUGAUGGCGCGGGGCCGCGACUGGUACCAGCAGCAGCUGCAGCGAGUGCAGGAGCGCCAGCGCCGCCUGGGCCAGAGCAGAGCCAGCGCCGACUUUGGGGCUGCAGAGAGCCCCCGCCCACUGGGGCGGCUCCUGCCCAAGGUACAGGAGGUGGCCCGGUGCCUGGGGGAGCUGCUGGCUGCAGCCUGUGCCAGCCAGGCCCUGCCCACGUCCUCCUCCGGGCCCCCCUGCCCUGCCCUGCCGUCCAGCUCGUCCCCGGGCUGGCAGCAGCAGACCAUCCUCAUGCUGAAAGAGCAAAACCGACUCCUCACCCAGGAGGUGACGGAGAAGAGUGAGCGCAUCACGCAGCUGGAGCAGGAGAAGUCGGCGCUCAUUAAGCAGCUGUUCGAGGCCCGGGCCCUGAGCCAGCAGGACGGGGGGACUCUGGACUCCACCUUCAUCUAGCCCGUGUGGGGCGAGCAGGCCCCGGGGCUGGCCUGGCACUCAGCCCUUCCAGGGCAGGCGCCCCGUCGCACCCACGGUCUCUGGCUGGAGACCCCGGCAGGCCCAGGCACAGUCCCCGCAUGGGCGCCUUCCUGCCCGCCUUGCCAUCCGGGCUCCCCAGGCCUGCCCCAGCCUGGCACUGAGCCCUUUGUUUUGGCUCCUGGCGCUGACAUGGGCUGGGGCUCUCUUGAGUCUGCAUAGCUCGCAGCGAGGCCUGCCGCUGCCAGUGGACCGUGGGGGACCCCUCCACGAGCCACCAGAUCUCUGGCCGCUGCGUUUCCCACGGUGCCGCCCCGUCCGUCUCCGGGGAGGGGCGCUGCACUUCCGACAGCGGCCAGCAGAGGGGGCUGGCGGCUCCGAUGCGGGUCCCAGGGCAGCUUCGCUCCAUCAGCGUGGGCGCAGGACAGGGUGGCUGUGGCUGGGACGGAGCAAUGGGGGGGUGGCGUGGCCCCUAGGCGGGGGUGCCCUCCUGGCAGGGGAGCCCCAGGGACGGCGGUCGGACUUCAGGUCCUGGCCAAGGCUGAGGGACUCUGGUUGAGCGGAUCGGGGAGCCGGGCGGGCGAGAACUUGGGCUGCGUGUGUAGACCCCGGGUGUGGCCUUCCUCACCCCGGCCAGGACCCUGCCCCGCGUGGAGUCCCACAGAACACCCUGUGAGCCUGGCUCCCCAGGAGGGCCGUGUCCCCAGGAGUGGGGUCAGCCUGGGCCCCCAGACAGCUCCCAGGCACAUUGCAGGCAGAGCCUGUCCCCCCCACUCAGGACUACUGAGGUCUGGGGUCCUGCUCACCCCCCUUUCCUCCCAGGCCUAGCCUGACCCCAGGUUUCAGCAGGGAGAGGCCACUUCCCUCAGCCAAGGAAAAGGAGAAGCCUCAGAGUACAGGAGGAGGCUGGGGCAGGUCCCCUUGGGUGUCACGGCCUGCCCCGGCCCAGUUCCGCGGGUGCUACGGUAGUCACUGGUGGGGGACCCAGUGCCACCAGAGCCAGGGACACGGCAACGUCAUGGGCAGGUUCCGGAGCCCAGGGCCCCCAAUGUGGAGUCAGGUGUGGGGGGCAUAGGGACCCCGGUACAGGGUCAGUGUGUGUGGGGCGCAGGGACCCCAGUGCAGGGUCAGUGUGUGGGGCGCAGGGACCCCAGUACAGGGUCAGUGUGUGUGUGGGGCGCAGGGACCCCGGUACAGGGUCAGUGUGUG